CACGUCGCCUCCACAUGAAAACGUUGGGCGGCACGAUGGCGAGCAAGUGUGUCUAGGUGCAUCCUUCGCUGCUCUCCAAAGUCAGAUAGGCGGCAGCGUGGAUGUGCAACCGUCAAAGAGUACUUAAGGAUGUUCGUUCUUCCCCUCUACGCCUCUUUUCCGCAAUCAUCAGGUGCCACUCCUCCCCUUGGCUCCUCCUGCGUCCUUUUCCGUCUUCACCAUCUUCUCUUAAUCUUGUUUCAGGUCAGAGCUUUGACUCAACCAACGACUCCUGCCUCUCUCCGCCCUCAUUCAUUGAUCUCUUCCUAACUUCUAGUCAUUCAGCAUGAAACUCUCGCCCGCCUUCCUCGCCACGGCCUUCCUGGCCUUUACCAGCUCAGCCGUCGCGUUCCCUGAGUAUCUCGCUCGUGGCUUCAACAUCUACCCGUCAUCCGCCGCGACGGACACGCCACUGCAGGCUGCGUUCCGCAAGAAGGUGGCCGAGGUCAAGGCCGGCGGCGACGUGUUUGAGAGGCGCGCCAACACCACGCGGCGCAAUGAAAACGAGGAGUACCCGCGCACGAUCUUCUCCCUACUCAACCCGGAGGCGUUCGAUUACAACGAGCGCGACCAGUACAUCGACCUUACAUCCGACCAGCACAAGUUCAUCGCUCCGGGCCCCCGCGACAUCCGUGGACCUUGCCCCGGGCUGAACCUUCUCGCCAACCACAACUACCUCCCGCGCAACGGUGUCACCACUGUCGCGCAGGCCAUCGACGCGAUCAACCGUGUCUUUGGUGUGGAAGUCGAACUCAGCACCGCUCUUAGCGUAUACGCUGCCGUCUUCAACGGCAAUGUCUUGGACACGACCUGGUCCAUCGGCGGCCCCUACACACCAACUGGUAUCGCAGGAGGAGUCCUGGACCUGGCUGGAGGUGCGGAGCCUCAGGGCAUCAGCGCUCACAAUGUAUACGAGGGUGAUGCCAGCAUUGUUCGCGAGGACUACUACCAGCCAGGUGCCAACAACGACAAUGUCCACCUCAACAUACAGCUCUUUAAAGAGCUGCUGGAGCUCGGAGGCAACGACACCACCGUUGGCAAGGAUGUAUACACGUCCGACCUGAUGCUCAAACAUAAGAGCAUUCGCUGGGAGCAGUCCGUCCAGCGCAACCCUCUGUUCUACAAUUCGCCUUUCGGCGGCUUGAUCGUCACCACUGCCGCAGAGCGUUUCGUCGCCGAGUUUGCCGCAAACAACACGGCUGGACCUGAUGGCAAGAAUUUCAUCUACCUCGAUGAACCGAAUCUGCUCGCCUUUUUUGGUGUCACCAAGCACGCGGAUGGCACGCUCGAGUACAAGCCGGGCCAGGAGCGGCUCCUUCCUUCGUGGCACCGCAGGCCGCUGGCUGCGCAAUUCGGCCUGGGUGAUAUUGUUCUGACUCUCUUGAACGCCGCAAAGACCAACCCGCACCUGCUGAGUAUCGGUGGCAACGCUGGCAAGGUCAACACGUUCACAGGCGUCGAUGUCGGUGAUCUCACUGGUGGUCUCUACAACACGCAGACGCUCCUCGCGGACCCGGCCGCCCUGUCUUGCUACCUCUACCAGGGGUUCGAGUCGGCUCUGCCUAGUGUGCUCGGCAACCUUUACAAGGUCGUGGACGACGCCCUCUCGCUCUUGAACAAGAACUACAACCCCGUGUGGCACAAGGCAGCGACCGCCAACGGCAACCCCUGCAAGUCUUACCAGGCCAAUCUUGAGAAACAGUCUGCCAAAUACCCCGGUAGCAAGGUUGGGAACAAGUAGAUGACCCAAUGAACUACCCCGACGCUUGAGCGAUAGAUAUCUUGUACAAUCAUAAAUUUCGACUUCUUCCGGUGCAGGAGUUUUCAGCCAAUUGGCUCCCAGCUGGUCCAGUUGAUUGUCUCAUUGCGAAGCAUUAGGCGAUGCAUCCCGGCCAGGGUGUGAAGUGAGCCAGAGAUUA